AUGGACUCUGAUGUGGCUGAUCACUUAACCCGAAUGAAAAUCAAACUCCUUGAGAAGCUUAAGAGAAAACUAGAAAAUGAAUGUGAAAACUUGGAUGACUUUGAAUCUCCCUUCCCUGCAGCAAGUAAUUAUAGCAGCCAUGACUAUGCAUUACAAAGUGCACUGAGACGAAGAAAAGAUCUUCUACAGCAGCUCAGGGAGCAAAAACUUCUGGAAGAAUUUUCUCUACCGCAUGGAUCAUUAAAAAUCCCAAAAAAGCACUUCAGACCAGAACAUGUCUACCAAACUACUCUUCCUCCUCCUCCUCCUCCUCCUCCUCCUAUACUUGAACAACCCAGGAUUAUCCAGCAGACUUUGCCUCAGCAACCAGCAACUAUUAUUCAACAGAUACCUCAGUAUCCUCCACUCAUUACCCAGAUUCCACCUCCACAAGCUUCUGUAGUUUCCCGCUCUGGAAGUAUUAAGGAAGAUAUGGUGGAAAUGAUGCUAAUGCAAAAUGCGCAGAUGCACCAGAUCAUUAUGCAGAACAUGAUGCUGAAAUCUCUACCACCACCUGUUCAUUCUUCAGCUAGUGGACAUGGGAUUUCUAUGCUUCAGCAUGGACAACAGUUUACCACCCCUAUUCUAUUAAGAGCAGAGAAGCCUCGACCAUCAACAGUACAUCAUCACCACUAUGCAGCUUCAGGGCUACUAGGCAUUCCAUCUCCGUCUGGCUUUUCCAUAUGGCCUUCAAUCAUGCAGGCUAGCUCUGGCACACAACUGGGAGGAUUCUCAUCAGAUCUAUGUACUCUGCCCAUCCCAACUACUGGAACACAAACUAUUCCAGCCAACAGAGUUCUUGGAUUGCCCCCGGGUUUGUAG